AUGCCAUCAAACUGCCCCGCAACCUCUGUCACGCGCGACAACGGCGCAUUCAUCAAUACAACAGAGCUCUUCCACCAACGCCUACAGAAGAGCCCCAAGGAAGAUUGGGACCGCCUAAAGCGAUGCUGGGGCUACAUGGACUGCGGCGAUUGCCAUCGAAGUACAGGUCAUUGCGGAUGGUGCGCGAUUUCUUCAACUUGUCUUCCUCUCCCGCUAGACGAUGCUUUUUCCAGGACUUUCCCGCUGCUGUCGCCUAUUCGCCACCAUGACAUCUGCGCAUUGGGAUCUGAGCGGUUUGAACUGCGGACUGGCGGGCUGGGAUGCCAGGUUUCUACUAUCACUUUUUUGACGUCCCUUGUUACGAUUUUUUGUACGUUGUUUGGGGUGCUGGUGCUUUAUGGAGUGUUCAAGUGUGUUGGUUGGGUGGUUUGGGGGACUAGGGCGAGAAGCGGGGGGUAUGUUGUCUAUGAGGAUGGGAGGGGCGGGGUGUGGGUGAGGGAGGGUUGGGGGAGGUGGUGGAGGAGGGUUAGUGGGAUGCAGAGGGAGGAAGAGGUGGAGGUUGUGGAUGAGGGGACGGGGCGGAGGGGAUUCAUUUGGUGGAAUGAGAGAGGUGGGGAGAGGAGGCCGUUGCUUCGAUGA